CCGUCCCCCUCUUUCGAAGUAUUGCGAAUGUGGGAGCCUGACGAGCAACUCGUCUUACGUGCAAACACAAAGUACAAAAAGAAGGAUGGUACCUUGUUUGCCACCAGUCGACGAGUAGCAUGGCAGCAAAGUGGAUCGCGCCAGCUGCACCCUGCUGUGCCAUAUGGUGACAUUCAAGUUCAGAUGCAGUCGCCGGCAACUGAUAAGAACGUCAAGCUAAAGAUCGUCACCAAUCCGCCCGAUCCUAAAAGCUUUGUGUUCAUGUUCGAAUCGUCUCGAGCGCUUGCGGAACGCGAAGCAAUCAAGGCUUUCGUCAGUGAAUCUAUGGCGAGAGCACGCCAGUUGGCUGGGGAUAAGUCUGCAACUCCUGCUUCUGUUGCUACGCUGACAAACGACUCACCUGUAAGCUCUGUGGCCUCGACACCUGCGCCAUCCACACCAACAACUACCUUGACCCCGUCCAAUGGAGCUACUCCAGCCGCUCUAUCGCCCAAUCUCAAUGUAUCAAGACAAGAAGAGAUAACGAAUCGACGACAAUUGCUUUCUACGAACAAAGAACUCCACACUUUACAUUCAGAGCUAGUCAUCAAUGGCAAAAAUGUGACAGAAGAGGAGUUCUGGGAAAGUCCAUAUGUCCAAAAGAUCCGUCAGCAAAUGAAAAAAGAUGCAGCGUCGAAAGAGGGUCAACAGAAAGGAAAAUCUUCCAAAAUGGUGGAAUUGAGACCGGGCCAACAAGAAGGAAGUGAUGUCAAAUAUACACUGACAAGUCAGAUUAUUCAUGAUAUCUUUGCACAGUACCCAUCAGUUAAACGAGCGUAUGAUGCAAAUGUUCCUGAUAAAUUGUCUGAACACAACUUUUGGAGAAGAUUCUUGGCGUCUGAAUUCUUCCAUAGGACUCGGACUGGCAAUCGUUCCACCAAUGCAGUUGCAGAUGAUGUCUUUGAUAAAUGCUUGAGAGAGGAAGAUGCAGAAAAUCUCAACGCACCUAGUCUGGCUGAAUACAAUCACUUCAAAAAGACGAUUGAUUUGAGUGCUACUGCUGAAGAUCAUAACGAGAGUGGCAAUGCGCCAGAUUUCACUAUGAGGCCAGGAUCGAAGAAUUUGCCACUUAUUCGAAGAUUCAACCGACAUGCGAUGCGAGUCUUGGAAGUUCCAACGCGGAGAGAUGCUGCGGAUGAUAAAGAGGACGAUGUCACCAGCGAAAUCAUAAUAAGUGAUCUUAUGGAUGAACAACCAUUUUCUCGAACGGUCCUUGACAUACAAGAUACGCGUCGCUACUUUGAAAGUCAAAGUCGCAGCCAAGAUCAACACCCACUUGCGAAUGGCAAUGCUUCAUCUAUCUUGUCGUCCUUUAGCGAACAAUUCAGUCAUUUUGAGCCAGAUCUUACAAAGCAACUGAUGACACCUCGUGCGGCGGUCAACGUAACUGGCUCAUUAACAGAAAUUAUCAAGCACAAAAAUAUAAACCAAUCUAUGGAUCCAGACUUAAAGCUACCGGCGCAGGUUCAGCAGAAAAUGAUAGAUUAUCAUAGCACCACUAAUGAAAUAUUACGGCACUUCUGGUCAUCUUUUGUGCCCUAUAAAGCAGAAAAGAAUAGACGCAUGGUUGACAGUCUUAAACGGCAAAAGGACAAGAUGUCUGAGGUACUGAUCACUGCCAAUAGCUUCAAAGCCAAUCUGGACGCCGUUAAACAUGCUCUUAGUCCGGUCAUAAAGGCGGUGGACACUGCAUUGAAGUCUGCAGAAAAACGACCACCUCCACGGAAAUGACCCCGCCGAUGUGACUUGCAAAAGUGGAUAAAGGGCAAUUUUUCCAACCUCACCACAACUCAUUGGAAUGAUCAAGAACAGCGACCUUCAUGGAAACCAGUGAUUCAACGAGUCUUGCUUCGAUCUUAAACAAAUAUGAUCAAUUCGUUAACGAAAAGCUGAAACCAGAUCUCAAAGCAACCCUAGACGCUAGAGAUUCGCUUUACGAUCUCACCUCCGAGUAUCUAAAGUUGAAAUCGCAG